AAAAAUAAAUUGUCAAAUAACCAUUUUUCUUUUGAAAAAUAAAAAAUAAAAACAAUUUUUUUCUAUAUCCUUAUUAGAAGUUAGAAUACAAGGUCAAGCUGCACAGGUGAAUUAAUUCCAUGCUCGAUCCGACAGUACUGGUUAAAGAGCGAUGACGAAGAUGAUCUCAUGCAUGCAUGCAUAAUAUCAGAAACCUGGCUAUAUAAUUAUCAGCUAGCUAGCUCUCCACUUCACAACCAGCCGGUCAUCGCGGGUUAACUUGACUGGACAAUGCUUUUGACUAGAAAACCUCAAUACUCCAAGAAAAACCGCUAAAAUAUUACCAUCAUUUAAUUUUCGUACGCACUUGCUCGCCACACUCCACAUCCCAGCUCCAUUUAAAAGCCCCUCAAUCCUCCACGCCAUUUUGCACCACCUCCCUGGCCGCCUGCUAGCUCGAACUCUCAAACUUCUUGUUUUCAUCCUCGAUCCAAUCAAACGCUGAUAUGGGUAGCCUUGAUUGCUCCGCCGACACCUCCUCCGAAUUCAAGCCCUUAGACCCCGAAGAUUUCCGAAACCAAGCCCACAAAGUGGUCGACUUCAUAGCCGAUUAUUACAAACAAGUUGAAACCUACCCUGUUCUCACCCAGGUCCAGCCUGACUAUCUCCGAGCCCGCCUCCCCCAAACUGCACCAUACCUUCCGGAACCGCUGGAGACCAUUCUUUCCGACGUAACCAAUGACAUCAUCCCCGGCAUGACCCAUUGGCUUAGCCCAAACUUCUUUGGGUUCUUUCCGGCCACGGUUAGCACCGCUGCUUUCCUAGGAGAAAUGUUGUGCACUUCGUUCAAUGCGGUUGGUUUCAACUGGCUUGCCUCGCCCGCAGCCACGGAGCUGGAAAUGAUAGUUACGGACUGGUUGGCUAACAUGCUCAAACUCCCUAACACCUUCAUGUUCUCCGGUACCGGUGGUGGUGUCAUUCAAAACACCUCGAGUGACGCGAUUCUUGUCACUCUCAUUGCUGCCAGAGACCGCAUGCUACGUACGCGUGGGACUACUGCUACCAUCCAAAAGCUAGCGGUAUAUUGCUCUGAUCAGACGCAUUCCACCUUCACCAAGGCUGCCAAAUUGGCUGGAAUAUCUCCAUGCAACGUCAAGGCUAUCCCCACAAACCUUGACACAGCUUUUGCUUUAUCCGCUUCAACCCUACGCUUGGCUGUGGAGGCUGACGUGGCAUCCGGGUUGGUCCCACUUUAUCUUUGUGCUACUGUGGGGACAACUUCAACCACAGCCAUCGAUCCUCUCCCGCCGCUCUCAGACGUGGCGAGUGAGUUCGGCAUGUGGAUGCAUGUGGACGCUGCGUAUGGCGGUAGUGCAUGCAUUUGUCCCGAGUUCAGGCACUACUUGGACGGGAUCGAACGAGUUGACUCACUGAGUAUUAGCCCCCAUAAGUGGCUGCUCACUUACUUGGAUUGUUGUUGCUUGUGGGUGAAGCACCCAAGCCUGUUGGUGCAAGCCCUGAGCACCGACCCGGAGUACUUGAAGAACAAACCCAGUGAGUCCAACUCGGUAGUGGAUUAUAAGGACUGGCAAGUGGGUACGGGUCGCAAAUUCAAGUCGUUCCGGCUAUGGCUCGUGCUGCGAAGCUACGGCGUCGCGAGUCUCCAGAGCCACAUCCGGUCCGACGUCCGGAUGGCCAAGACGUUCGAGGGGCUCGUGAAGUCGGACCCACGUUUCGAAGUCGUCGUGCCGAGGAACUUUGCACUGGUGUGCUUCCGUUUGAACCCAUUUUCAGGCGAAGAUCCGGGUCAUACGGAGGCGUUGAACCGGAAGCUACUCGACUGGGUGAACUCGACCGGGCGAGUUUACAUGACUCACACGAAGGUCGGGGGGAUGUAUAUUCUGAGGUUUGCAGUGGGGUCCACACUCACGGAAGAACACCACGUUGCUGCCGCGUGGAAUUUGAUCAAGGAAGGGGCAUAUGCUGUUCUGAAUAGUACUGAUUGACGUUUGACGUGUGACGUGAUGCGGCUUGUCUUCCGUGGAAAAGACUCAAACUUCAUGGAAGUUUGUUUGUACUUGUUGGAUUGUUUGCCCGAUGGUGGACAAGUCAAAACACGUAACCUACUCCAGCAAUCUUUGAAUUUUCUGAGAGACAAGAAAACAAAAACAAAAUAAAAGUGUGUUUUGUUCAAUUUGUUUCUAGAUCUUUUUUGUUUUUUUUUUUAUUCGCUGGGCACUUUUUAUACCAUCUUGGUAGUAUUGUGGUAAUGUAACUUGGAUACUAUCUUUCAAAAGAUGGCAAUAAAGUUGGUUUGGUUGAAUUAU